GGUUACAAGUGCGUCACUUGACUGCCACAAACGGCGGGGUCAAAGGUGAAAGCCGUUAUCGAUUCCGAACCCCCGAUGACGGAUGCGAGACUAAAGAUUUCAGGGUUUUGCUUACUACCACUUAGGUAGAACAUGGCCACUGAGCUAGUUCCCUCUGUGAUAGGAGGUGUUUAAGGUCUUAAGUAACGGUCUGGCCUACAGCGGGUUUCCAAGCCAAUGCGCAUUGAAAUUGUCUAAUUUCCAGUAUGGCUCAGCCUGUCGAGACUAAAGCGCCGGACCAAGGCUUCGUUCCGGAACCAUUCAACAGCCCUACCACAGGACCCUCCGAUGUCGACGAUUCCACCGAGGACAGCGCGGAACGACCAACGAACGGCGUGCGAGAUGGAAAGGCUUCUUCCAAGAGGAGGAGAAGGAGACGAACCAAGGAUGGUGGAAUUUCUGAAGUGAAGGAACAGCGCAACUCCUCCAAGAGGCGUAACAGCUUGCACAAAGCUGCCCGAGACCCGCUAGAUGAGCCAAGGAGGAAGAGGAAGAGGAAGUCCAAAUCAGAAGGCGUUAUCACAAGAUCCCCCAGUCCUCUCAUCGAUUUCGAUGGCCUCAGUCGACCAAGCAGAGGAACGCGAGAGCGACUAGAAGAAAGCACCGAAAAAGCCGCCGUACGAUUAGAAAAGCUCCGAGGAGCAGUACGAACCAUCCUUGAAUGUGUCGGCGAGGAUCCAGACCGGGAGGGGAUCCUUGAAACGCCGACCCGGUAUGCGAAGGCAAUGCUGUUCUUCACCAAGGGCUACCAGCAGAACGUUAAAGACAUUGUCAACAAUGCCAUUUUCCAUGAAAACCAUAAUGAAAUGGUCAUCGUUAAGGAUAUUGAACUCUCUAGCCUCUGCGAACAUCAUCUGGUCCCCUUCACCGGAAAGAUGCACAUAGGAUACAUACCCGACGACAAUGUUAUCGGAAUAUCCAAGCUUCCACGUAUUGCUGAGAUGUUCAGUCGCCGGCUCCAGGUCCAAGAGCGACUGACACGCGAAGUUGCGAAUGCCAUCAUGGAAAUUCUUAAGCCGCAGGGUGUAGCAGUUGUCAUGGAAUCCAGUCACCUGUGUAUGGUGAUGCGUGGCGUCCAAAAGACUACGGCAACCACAAUUACUAGCUGUGUGCUUGGAUGCUUUGAGCGCAAAGAGAAGACGAGAAACGAGUUCCUCAGCCUCGUUGGCGUGAAUAGAGGGUUUGCAUAAACGGCUAAAAUAGAUUGCAGGGGUGGGCAAUGAGGUUCGAAUUCCCAAGAGGCGUUUACGGGACAUAGAGCAUAGGGAUCUCAACAUCGGCUCAUGCGAGGGGGGUUGUGUUGUCAUGUACAUCAGCAUAAGGGCGAGAGGGUGAUCAACAUCUCGGUACUAAAAUGUAG